CUUAGUGAGGGCGCGUGCGGGCAGUUUGGGGCAGAGAUGGUUUCUAACAACAGGAUGUGAGGAGUUAUCGGCUUGUUGUUUAAAGUGCGGUUUCCAUCAAAUCCUGCGCUCUGAUUGGCUGGCAAGUGGGUCCGUAUCCCACGAUAUGGACCCCAGUUACGGACCUCUGGCAACUCGCUCAUUCACAACAACAAACAUGAUUUCUGCCUUGCUCCAGUUCUCAUCUGCCCAAGUAUUAGGAUGGGGUAAAAACCGAAGUGGACAUCUUUACCACGUACACCUGUAGCGUUGUCUGCCUGCCUGCUUUCUCCCCUGACAACAGGUGGUGAAUGCUGGCACCAUGCACGGACCUCGAAGAAAGCCGAAGGUCGUUGUGAUGACAGUAAUGACUGUGUUCGUCUUCAUCAUAGUGGAAGUUUCGAGAAAUGCCAGCCAAGAUAAAAAUGAACGGCAAAAAAUUCGAAUACCCACCAAACCAUUCUGGGGCAAACUGGCCCCCAAAGAGGCUUUCUGGAAUCGCCAGCAGCAGAAACUGGACCAUUUGUACAACCCGAUCAUGAAUGGACCAAACGCCACGCUCGGUGGCCUUCUGCCAGCCUGGUUAAAUGAUACAGUGGCCCAGGACCUCUGCAAGCCAGACCUCCAGGUUAUGACGCAAGUGAAGAAUUUCAGCUUGCUUCCAGAUCGUUUUAAAGACUUUUUGUUGUACAUGAGCUGCAGGUCAUAUCGCAUGGUCAUAGACCAGCCUCAGAUAUGCAAAGGUCAGCCGUUCCUGCUGCUGGCCAUCAAAUCAUUGGCGUCACAUUUCGACCGGCGUCAGGCGAUACGAGAGUCAUGGGGUCGAGCUGGUCUCUUGGCCAACAAGACCGUUGUGACUGUGUUCCUCCUUGGCAAUGCCACUGCAGUGGACCACUUCCCAGACUUAUCACCAAUGUUAGAGUAUGAGAGCUCGAUGUAUGGAGACAUCCUUCAGUGGGACUACAGGGACUCCUUUUUUAACCUGACCGCUAAAGAGGUCCUUUUCCUUGAGUGGUUCAACACUCGCUGUCCAAAUGCUAGCUUCAUAUUCAAGGGUGACGAUGAUGUCUUUGUAAACACUUUCCUUAUUAUAAAAUUCCUCAAGGGUCUGUCUCCUGUCAAGGCACAGGACUUGUUUGUUGGGGAUGUCAUAACGAAUGCUGGACCUCACCGGGACAAGAAGGUUAAGUACUACAUCCCUGAGAACAUUUUUGUCGGGAGCUAUCCACCAUAUGCAGGUGGUGGAGGGUACCUUUAUUCUGGAAACGUGGCCAAGAGGCUCCACGGGGUCAUGAACAAGGUGCCGUUGUACCCCAUUGAUGACGUCUAUACGGGCAUGUGCCUGAGAAAGCUGGGACUUGCCCCAGAGAAGCACAAGGGUUUUCGCACUUUUGGCAUAGAGGAGAAAUAUCGUAACAAUCCAUGUGCCUAUAAGAGCCUCAUGCUGGUUCACCCAAGAAGUCCGCAGGACAUGAUUAAAAUAUGGGCGUGGCUUAAUGACCCUGCUUUAAAUUGUCAGUAAAAUUUCACACGAGGCCUUUCAACAACCUCAGGGUUGCUAGUUGUAUUUGGCAGCUAAGAUUAUUAUUAUUAUUAUUAUUAUUAUUAUUAUUAUUGAUCACGUGUGAUGCGAGCUAGGUGUCUUGGUGCACAAAAUGUCUUAAGUGAUCAAAACUAAUGGAGAACAUUUCAAAAUUCUUUAAGUUCAUGAAUAUCUCCAAUAGUGUUGUAGCUUUUUACACACUUGACCACACAUUGUUCUGUCACGGUAAUUUAUGUACUGGUAUAGCUUAUGCUAAAGAUGGUGGGAUUCUGGGAAGUUCAGCUGGCUUGAACUUGGUGCAGUAGAAAAGAAACACGGUAACCAUAAUCGAGCAUGUUCUGUUUUGUUUUUUUGUUUUUUAAUUUAUCGUUUGGUUCUGUGAUGACAGGAUAGUGUUAAACUGCUUGUGCUGCUUUUUUUUUUUUUUUCCUCUCCUAAAGCUUGAAUCGUGAAGAUUAAGCUAAAGCAUUACACCAAAAAAGGACCUGCUGUCAUCAAUCAGCUCCUCUUGAUUAUUAAUGUACUGUGAGACCUUUGGUUUAUCAGUGGUCGUGUCAUUCUGGUGGUGCUGAUGCUCACGCUGCUUUAGUUAUUUUUCAAGGUUUAUUGCGUGUUACUAACGGUUUGUUUUACCCAGAAGAUUCUGUCCUUUAUUGUAGGACAGGGCGUUAUUCUGCUUCAACUGCAGACGAAGUAGAAUUAAAAAAAAAAAAAGAAAAAAAGAGCUCGUUUCCGUUCCGACGAAUUUAGGUCAGAGAACAAAUAUUGUUGGUCAGGAGAGUGGCAUAUACUUUCGUAGCUGGUGUUAAAUGGAAUGAUUGUAUGCAUGAUGGGUAAUUUUAUUCCUUUACACAACCAGGUUGUAUGCCUUUUUAAUCAAGACAACACACUUCUUUUUUUUUUUUUUUUUUUUUUUUUCUCUCACCAAAGUGUACCUCUUCGAAUGGAAGCUGUACAGCACCAAAAAAGAGUGCCUUUUAGUGGCAAAGUGAGCUUCAAAAGAAGAGCAUUUCAGUAUUCAUCUUUCUGUGCCGGAUGUGUGCAUGACCUCUGGAUAUGGAACGAAACCAGAUCGGACAGUGUAGUUUGUUUAUAGUAUGGUCUGUAGCCUUGUUUAUCAGAGACUCAUGAGCACGACGCGCUUAUCUUUUUCCUGUCCCAUGACCGAGAGAAGGGUCCUUCUUGAUGAUCUCACUCUCGCUGUUCUUUCACCACCAGGGCACAACCGAGAUCUUGAUCUUAAUCUAUGUUGCAGUUACACCUGCUGGGUAGGUGUUGCAAGCACACUGUGCACCAUUUUUUAAUCAAGACACUGGAUUCCUGUUUCCCCGACAUGGCACUCACUCGAGCACUCUAGUCUGAGCGGAAUGUUGAAAUUGAAAUGCACUGUCGGUUCUUUUUCCUACACUUUUCUGACAACGUUCUCCACUGCUGAACCCAAAAACCAAACUAUUGCACAUCAUGCCUGCUUGCUGUUUAAAAGAGAACCUGUUCCUCCUGAAAUAAUGUUUACACGUCAGGGUAGAUACGUAUAUCGGCAGAGACAAGCGACUAUAGACGAUAGUUUUAACUGCAAUUAUUUAUGAACCGUUGAAUCUUUCCAACUGGAGUUCUGGUUUCAGAAUCGUACAAUUCUUGAACCAGGACCGAGCUGAUUCUGCAUACUGAUCAACUUGAAUGAUUGUGUCAUAAGGAUACGUUUCAUUUUUCAGUGGGUACAGUAGUGACUUUUGUGUGUUUUGCUUCUUUCUGAACUCUUAAACAUGUAUUGUCCUUCAAACUACACCUGAAAAAAAAAAUAAUAACCCUGGUUCUCGAUAUUUUUAGCGAACGCUUGCUGAUACGGACCAAAGAUUACUGUUAUUUGAUUUGAAUGUUAGGUUAAAACAUUUUAUCUAUGAUCAUUAUAUAAUUAUUCAGUAAUAGACGUGACACAAUUAUGCUGGAAUGAAAUGACAUGCUCGGAGUACUUGUACCAUUCAGGCGUAUUUCAGAACCUGCGUAACUUGUCUUUGAGCAUAGACCUGGCGCUCUGUUUUCUGUAACUGUAAAAACACAAACGCAUCAAACGGUUUUAAAAGGGUGCCAUGAAAAGCUAAUUUGUAAUCCAAGCCUAUUUUAUAACAAUAUGAAGACACUGAUGACUUUUUUUUUUUUUAAAUCACGUAUGUGCCUGCAUUUCUUCUUUAUUGUUGACUUUUUUGUUGUUUGUUUUGUUUCUCUGUCCGAUUUAAAUAAAAUAAAACUUGUGGUUUUGUAUGUA